AUGGCAUCCGAUGAAAAUGACCCUCUUUUGCAAGCCUUAAAUGCAAAUUCAAAUAAUGACAACUCAGGAGAUAGUAACUCUAAUGACCCUUCUGAUGCAAAUCAAGAAGGUGGUUCCAAUCAACAGCCAUCAGAACCAAUUGAUCCUGAAAGAGAAAGAGCGCUUCUGAAAUUCAAAGACAAAUUGCUUGAACAUAGGAAAUGGGACGCAAGGUUGAAAGACUUGCGAUUGGGAAUACGAGACUUGGACAAGGAUUAUGAGAAAACUGAAAAUGAUAUCAAGGCAUUACAAUCGGUGGGUCAAAUUAUUGGAGAAGUGUUGAAGCAAUUGGAUGACGAAAGGUUUAUUGUUAAAGCUUCUAGCGGGCCACGUUAUAUUGUGGGUUGUCGAAAUACUAUCAAGAAAUCGAAUUUGAAAAACGGUGUCAGAGUGUCCUUAGAUAUGACGACUCUCACCAUCAUGAGAAUUUUACCUAGAGAAGUUGACCCAUUGGUUUAUAAUAUGACAACUUUCGAACCUGGUGAAAUAUCAUUCAAUGGUAUUGGUGGUUUGACAGAACAGGUGAGGGAAUUACGUGAAGUCAUAGAGUUGCCAUUAAAAAAUCCAGAGCUUUUUACGAGAGUCGGCAUCAAACCACCAAAAGGGGUUUUAUUAUAUGGCCCUCCUGGUACAGGUAAAACAUUAUUGGCCAAAGCUGUAGCAGCAACUAUUGGGGCAAACUUUAUUUUCUCCCCUGCUUCUGGAAUUGUUGAUAAGUAUAUUGGUGAAAGUGCACGGUUGAUUAGAGAGAUGUUUGCCUACGCUAAAGAACAUGAGCCUUGUAUUAUCUUUAUGGACGAGGUUGACGCUAUCGGUGGACGUAGGUUCAGCGAGGGUACUUCAGCAGAUCGUGAGAUCCAACGUACUUUGAUGGAAUUGUUAAAUCAAAUGGAUGGUUUUGACACAUUAGGACAAACAAAAAUCAUUAUGGCCACAAAUAGACCUGAUACUCUUGAUCCCGCGUUACUUAGAGCUGGAAGAUUGGACAGAAAGAUUGAAAUUCCUUUACCUAACGAAGCUGGUAGAUUGGAAAUUUUCAAAAUUCACACUGCCAAGAUAGCAAAGCAUGGUGAGUUUGAUUUUGAAGCUGCAGUUAAAAUGAGCGAUGGUUUCAAUGGAGCGGAUAUAAGAAAUGUUGUUACUGAAGCGGGGUUUUUUGCAAUUAGAGAUGACAGGGAGUACAUUAUACAGAAUGACAUCAUGAAGGCGGUGAGAAAAGUGGCAGAUAAUAAGAAAUUAGAAGGUAAGUUAGAUUACGAGAAACUAUAG